AUGAUUAUUAAUGCGAAAGUGUUUGUGAUCGUUGCACUGGUAAUGUGCGGCGUGUACGCUCGUACUGCCGACAAUCGAGAUUCUUACAGAGGAACCAACGAUAAAAAGUAUGCUGGAUCUAUGUUGGCUGAGAUCGCAAAAGAGCUUAUGCAAAGAUCGACGACCAGUAGUCAGGUUCUCAAUUUAAAUCUCUCGAAUCUGUUACUUCUUUUGGUGCUCAAAGCAGUUGUGUUCGGCGCCGGCUAUAUAGGACAUCAGCAGGGUUACAAAGGACGCGAAUUAGAGGAUGAAAAUAUUGUGUCAGAAGGUGAGCUUGCGUUAGCUCUCGGAUAUCUGAUCGGUGAUACUUGUUUAUACAGAGCAGCUUGCGAAGAGCCACGCAUUGCCAGAGAAUAUCUCGGCGCGGCGGAAAUGCUCUUGCAAACGAUGAAAUUAAUCCCGCAGCACUUACCAAUAGAAUACAACUAUGAGAAGAUGAUUGCUGAAUUUCGGAAAGCGAUCGAGUAUGGCAGCAUCGAGCAAUGUCCACCGGAGUACAGCUGCAAAAAAGAAAACAUAAAUAAUUUCUUGCAAAUCGAAAAAGAUAACAUGUAAACAUC